CCUCGUGGGCUUGGCUCUGGGAGGUUCGCUUCGGGUUGGAUCCCUGCGGGGGCACCCAGAAGCCAGAAAAGGGAUAGAAAGGUGAACUGGGCGGUGGAGGGGCCCCUCCUCCUCGGGGUCCCGAGGAGGGGAAGGCUGGACCAGAGGGAAGUCCGGGCAAGGCUGGGAGGAGCCGGCUGCACCAAGGCUAGGGUUUUCGUGUUAUGGGGGUGCAGAAGACUGUUGUAUUGAAAAAUGUGGUCGAGGGGAAAGACUGGAGGGAAACACGCGCUGCAAACCCAGGAGGCCCAACACCACAGGCCUGUGGGGGUGCCUUUCUGUUCCACUCAAGCCUCCCCUAUCCUUCCUAUUAGAAGCACUAUGUUUUUGUUUCAUUGUUUUGAAAUUUUCAAGGUUGCCUGAUCAAACUGUCGAUGUGGUGAUACUUUCUCAUUCUUGCUGUUUUUCUAGAGUAGACAGCAAGGACAGGCUUUACUUGGUGAGCAUUCUUCUAGCUCAGCGUUUUGGGGGCUCUUUGCAUGAGUAAAGCGGGCCUGUAAAGCAAGCCACAGAUGAAUACUCUCAAGGCGAUUUGGAGGUCGUUCCCAUGACACAGGGGUUAAGUACAGUUGCAGAUAACGUUGGUCAGACUUCUGGGGUACACUUGAAGCCUUCAAGUGUUAGUCCUAUGUUUCUUUCAACUUAGAAGGCUAGUUCUCAGAAUCACACUGUAGAAACAUUUCAUAGAGAAAGAAACGGGUAUGAUUUUGGAGUUGGGAGUUGAUUAGGUUCAUAAUAAAAUUCUAAUGAUGAAAGGGAGUUAUAUUUUUAGUGGCUAUCUAAUGCUGUUCUGUUUAGUAUGUCCUGUCUUUGAAUGAUGGUAUUGAGGGUCCUUUCUUAUUGGAGAGACUGUAGGUGGCAUAGUUAAGGAUGGUUUGGCAGCCUUUUAGGAUACUCAAAUUGAAUGUGAUAUCACUUAGUGGUACUGAAGAUGACAGUUUAUAGGAAAGAAACUUUCAUGAUCCAAUUGGGGAUUAAAGGGCAUAAUCCUAUUCCAAGAAUCACCCAGAGGAUCCAAAAGGAAGUGAAGGGUUGAUAAGGAGCCUGUAAAAAUUUGACAGAGAAGCAGAAGUAGCAAGAACGACUGAGUGAGCAAUAGGGGGCUUGGUAAAUCAAGUUAAUAUAAUCUGAAGUACACUUGAGGAGUGACAUAGGCAUCUUGGAGUAGUUUAUUAGGAUAUUGGUAGCAGGCAUAUUUUUGUACCUGAGGAAAUUGUCUUGAGGUCAAUCUGGAAGAUGGGAACCACAGGUUUUGGCACAGAGGCUUAUUAAAACUGACUUUGUUAAAAGGGAUUUUCACAUGCACUUAAAAGCAGGUAUUAAUGAAAAGAGAGGCCCUCAGGGACAAAAAUAAGAUAUACUCUUGUGGGUAUGGACUUAUCAAGGGAAAGUCACUCUAAACUGCCUGCGCCCCCCCCCCCCCCAGACAGGGUUUCUGUAUGUAGCCUUGGCUGUCCUGGACUCACUUUGUAGACCAGGCUGGCCUUGAACUCACAGAGAUGCACAUGCCUCUGCCUCCAGAGUGCUGGGAUUACAGGUGUGUGCCACCACACCCAGCUUCUAAACUCACUUUUAAAAGUCUGAGUUUCUUGAAUGGUGGCACACCCCUUUAAUUCCAGCACUCAGGGCACAGAGGCAAGGAAAUCUCUUGAGUUUGAGGCCAGCCUGAUCUCCAGAAUGCGUACCCGAUGGUCAGGGCUACAGGGAGAAACCUUGUCCUGGAAAAAAAGUCUGAUUCUCUUACCAGAUUUGAAGGAAGAGUAUGUAGAUUUCUUUGCAUUCUGAUUCUGAGAUGAAGAGAACUAGCUACCUAAUUGACAGAGUAAGGGGAAGGGAUGCAGAAAUCUGGGUUGAAUAGACUAGUUCUUUAUUAGAGCAAUAAGGAAGGGAUGGCUAAUUGUUGGAACAGGGCAGAGGAAAGCUAAGUGAAUUCUAGCAACUUUAGAGGAAGUUCUAAAAGAAUUGGGACUGCACCAACAGUACUCUUAGGGAUCGGGCUGUUCUUUGAUUUGCUGGGAAUGGUAGAGAGGAUAUGUGAAGUAGGAGAAGAUCCUUUUCUUUCUCACUGGCUUAGAGGCUCUUAGGAAGGAAAAGAGGUUUCUCUGGGGAUGUAUAUCUGUGCCUUAUUCAUGAUGCAGUUCACUCCACAGGCAAGUAAGUGCUUGGUAAAGGUGGCAGAGGAGCUCAAGCCAUGAUUAAUCUGGGAGGCUUCAGGGAGGAGCUUUGCUGAGAGAAAAAGUUUUACCAAACAGAAAGAAGGAAGGCAAAAGAAGUCAGGAAGAGGGUCUGUAGAACAGUGAAAAGAGAAAGGAAGAUGAGCAUCAUUGUUCCCAUGUCAGGUCUACCUAAGAAGAAAGCAGUAAGUUGAAAUCUCUGGGGUAGUGUUUUCCAAAAAAAGUUUGACAAACCCUUAGGGCUCUUUACAGGUUAGUGCUAGAAUUGCUAAGGCUGGAGUAAGAAAGAUUUUGGGCACUAGAGAGAUGGCUCAGAGGUUAAGAGCACUGGCUGUUCUUCCAAAGGUCCUGAGUUAAAUUCCCAGCAAUCACAUGGUGGCUCACAACCAUCUAUAAUGAGAUCUGGUUCCCUCUUCACAUCUCCUGGCUCACAUGCAGGCAUAAUACCAUAUAAAUAAUAAAGAAAUAAAAACAAAAUGAUUUUUUUUUUAAAAAAGACCUUGGAUACCAAUAGGGCUAGGAAGAAACUGGCAUUUAGAGAGAAAUAUAAAUAUAUUUACCCAUAAAGAAGUAGAGGUAGUAUCCUUAUUAAGAAUUAAAAAUGUCCAGUAUGGUCGGGGCAUGGAAAAUACUAGCCUAGCAUGUGCGAUGGUCUGGGUUUAAGCCUUAGUAUUCAAACAAACAAACAACAAAAAACCCACAGUGUGAAAGAAAAGCAGAUUAAUAGAGCUAUAGGAGAGAGGCAUUCAGGUGUUGUUCAAAGUAGGCAUUGCGUGUAAAGAUUAAUUUUUGCUAGCCACUACUAUGGGAGGAUCCAGGAAACAGAUGCAGCUGGGAUUAAGCUGAAAUGUUUCUUAGGAAAUCCAAAUGAAUGUAAGGAUUCUGAAUGGGAAAAGGGAGUCUUGGCCAGAUAAAGAAUGGAGAAUAGGAGAAAGUGGGAAUACACCAGUUUUCCCAGCCUGUAAGUGGGAGGAAUCCCAGCUAUAAGGAGCUGAGUGAUAAAAAUUCCAGAGCAGAAACAAACAGAAUAAAGAACAGGGACCUGAGAGCCUUGGACCAGAAUUGAAGGGUGGUGUUAAGGGCACCAAGAGGAGGCUAAUGAGGAUUUGACUAGACUAGGUUUACACUGGUUUGUGGAUUCUAGGUGGAGCAGUAUUAGACUGAUUAGUUUGGCUGUUAGAUGCUUAGAGCUUUCCCAGGACCAGUUAGCCUCUGAGAAAACCACGGCAGGAAUUCCAUGUUGAGUUUGGAUAGGAAAAUGAACACUAGAGGGGAAUAGAGAGAGUAGAGAAAGUGAAAACUGUUACUAAUGAGACACAAAAGGGGGAGAAAACACUGAUGAUUAUGUGAAGGACCUGAGGGGUUUUUGUUUUUGGUUGUUUGUUUUGUUUUUGUUUUAGAAUGAAAGGACAUUUCUUAAUGUUAGCAUUGGAAGUCAGUCUGUGUCUGUUUGAAUCUUUAGUGCCAGGACAGCUAAAGAGGGAGGAAAUAAGCAAUCUACCUUUUUGUCUCUAGAGGAUUCUCAGGUAGUAUUUUAUAUGAUCUCUUAUAUGAGCCAGGCAUUAUUCAUACCAGUCCGUAAAACAUAGGAAAUCGUCUUCUUUCUAAAUCAUAUUCUUUCCUGCUGUUCAUAACUUUAAAAUGGUCUUUUAUGUCGAAGAUGUUCUUUAGUGAAUUAAAGUUGUGUUCUGGUUAAGAGGAAUACUUAGCUUUGUUUCUGCCCCCAUAAUCCCAAUAAGCUCUUGUAGUUUUCCUUUUUUUUUUUUUAAGCAGUAAAAGCUCUCCUUAUAAAACAUGUAAAAUUUGAUCAUUUGUAGUAGAGUAAGUGCAUAUUUGUUAAGGAACAAUGAGGAAAAAAAUCCUGAGUGUAGGAGGUGGGAUGGGGGGAAACAGGGAAGGAAAGAAUACCCUGGUUGGUUGGUUAUUUAUUUAGGUUUUUGUGAGAUAGGCUCUGUGUAGACCAGACUGGCUUUGAACUCAGAGUUCUACCUGCCUUUUCUAUCUCCCAAAUGCUUGGAUAAAGGUGUGCACUACUAUGCCCAGUCAUCCCUGCCCCCCAUUUUUAAGUAAACUGUAGGACAAGUGUUAAGGUUGUGUUUUCCCCUUGGUUGGUAGAUGAAUUGUGAUGAACUUGAAGAUGUGGCUUAUUAUUUGUAAAAUGCAGUAAUUUUUAGAUUUUUUCCAGUAGAGUUAAAUAAGGCAAGAUGUGGCUUUAUUUGGGUUUGAGGAUUUUAACUUGGGCUAAAUAUUUGGGAAGGACUGAAUUCUGUGGAACAACAGCUUUGUGUUUGAGUCUUCAUUACUAUCUUCUAGUAAACAAUUUGCUUACGUCAUUACUAAAACACAUCUAGAAAUCUUAGUGUUGGUUCCAUUUAAGGGAACAGUAGAAUUUGGCCAAUGCAUGGGUAUGAUGACAACAAGGAGAUCUUUAUUUUUCUGAGUUCUGUGAAAUGUAUAAUGCACAAAUAUGAUCCCAGGGAGAAGAUUCACUGAAUACUUGGAUCUAUGAGGCGAUUGAAUAUAUUUUCUCAUGAAGAGUCUUUUCUCAGUUGACCUUGGUUCUACCAUGCCCAGGGGGAGUGGCCACAGCAGAUCUUAUCUGGUGUUGAGUGGCUGUCAUGAUCUCUACAGCACCGCUUUACAGCAGCGUGCACAACUGGACCAGUUCUGACCGCAUUCGCAUGUGUGGCAUCAACGAGGAGAGAAGAGCACCUCUUUCUGAUGAGGAGUCCACGACAGGUGACUGCCAGCACUUUGGAUCUCAGGAGUUUUGUGUCAGCAGCAGUUUUUCCAAGGUGGAGCUCACAGCAGUUGGAAGUGGCAGCAGUGCCGGAGGGGCAAACCCAAAUGGCAGUACAACAGAAAAACUUGGGCACAGGUCAGAAGAUCAGCCUGAUGAUCCCCAGCCAAAAAUGGACUAUGUUGGGGAUACAGCAGAGUCCGAGGGCCUCCUGGUGCCACUGAGCAGCCCAGGAGACGGGCUUAAGCUACCCACUCCUGAUAGCACUGAGGCCAGCCACAGUAGGGCCAACUGCUCCUGGACUCCCCUAAGCACCCAAAUGAGCAAACAGGUUGACUGCUCGCCAGCCGGGGUAAAGGCUUUGGAAUCUCGGCACAGUGUUGGGGAGAAGAAUACUUUCAUUUUGGCAACUCUGGGAACUGGAGUCCCUGUGGAGGGAACCCUGCCUCUAGUUACCACUAACUUUAGUCAGCUGCCAGCACCUAUCUGCCCUCCUGCCCCUGGGUCGACCUCUGUGACCCCAUCAGUUCCCGAUCCAUUCCAAGUUCCCCUCUCUGUCCCAGCCCCAGUGCCCCACUCAGGACUAGUUCCAGUCCAAGUUGCCACAUCAGCUUCAGCUUCAGCUCCUUCUCCUCCCCUAGCACCAGUGCCCGCUCUAGCUCCAGCACCCCCCUCGGUGCCUACUCUCAUCUCUGAUUCAAACCCUCUCUCUGUGUCAGCCUCUGUCUUGGUGCCUGUGCCAGUGUCUACUCCCCACUCAGUCUCAUUGCCACUGUCGGCUCCUGCUCCUACUCCUCUCACAGUCUCUGUUUCUGCACCUCCCUUGGCUCUGAUCCAGGCUCCUGUGCCUCCUUCGGCUCCCACUUUGGUCCUUGCUUCUGUCCCAACUCCAGUUCUAGCUCCCAUGCCAGCAUCCACGCCUCCAGCAGCUCCUGCCCCUCCAUCUGUGCCAAUGCCCACUCCAACCCCAUCCUCUGGCCCACCCUCUACCCCCACCCUUAUUCCUGCCUUUGCUCCUACACCGGUGCCUGCACCCACCCCAGCCCCAAUCUUUACUCCAGCCCCCACGCCCAUGCCGGCUGCCACACCAGCUGCCAUCCCCACCUCAGCACCCAUUCCAGCCUCCUUCAGUUUGAGUCGAGUGUGUUUUCCUGCAGCUCAGGCACCAACUAUGCAAAAAGUCCCUCUGUCUUUUCAGCCAGGGACAGUGCUGACUCCUAACCAGCCACUGGUAUACAUCCCACCUCCAAGUUGUGGCCAGCCACUCAGUGUGGCUACACUGCCAACCACUCUGGGAGUCUCUUCCACGCUCACACUCCCAGUCCUGCCAUCUUACCUGCAGGAUAGGUGUCUCCCAGGUGUGCUGGCCUCCCCAGAGCUCCGCUCUUAUCCAUAUGCAUUUUCUGUGGCCCGACCUUUGGCUUCAGAUUCAAAGUUGGUCUCUUUAGAGGUGAACAGGCUCUCCUGUACUUCCCCAUCCAGCAGCACUAACAGCCAGCCUGCUCCUGAUGGAGUCCCUGGACCUUUGGCAGAUACCUCCCUCACCGCUGCUUCUGCCAAGGUGCUUCCAACUUCACAGCCUUUGCUGCCAGCCCCCAGUGGGAGCUCAGUCCCACCACACCCCUCCAAGAUGCCAGGUGGCACUGAGCAACAAACAGAAGGGACUUCUGUUACCUUCUCUCCUCUCAAGUCACCUCCACAGCUGGAGAGAGAGAUGGCCUCUCCACCCGAGUGCAGCGAGAUGCCUCUUGACCUUUCUUCCAAGUCCAACCGCCAGAAGCUUCCAUUACCGAACCAGCGUAAAACACCUCCCAUGCCUGUGUUGACCCCUGUGCACACCAGCAGCAAAGCCCUACUUUCCACAGUCCUGUCUAGGUCUCAGCGCACAACCCAGGCUGCUGGCAGCAGUGUCACUUCCUGCCUGGGCUCCACGUCUUCACCUUUUGUUGUCUUUCCAGAGAUGGUAAGGAAUGGAGACCCAAGCACCUGGGUAAAAAACUCAACUGCUCUGAUCAGCACCAUUCCUGGCACAUAUGUAGGAGUGGCCAACCCAGUUCCUGCAUCUCUGCUGUUAAACAAGGACCCUAACCUGGGCCUUAACCGAGAUCCUCGUCAUCUCCCUAAGCAGGAGCCUAUCUCCAUCAUUGAUCAAGGAGAGCCUAAGAACACUGGUGCCACUUGUGGCAAGAAAGGCAGCCAGGCUGGUGCUGAGGGACAGCCAAGCACAGUCAAAUCCCGUUAUACCCCAGCCCGCAUUGCCCCUGGGCUUCCCGGCUGCCAAACCAAGGAACUGUCUUUAUGGAAACCUACAGGGCUGGCAAAUAUGUACCCACGGUGUUCCAUCAAUGGGAAACCCACUAGCACCCAGGUCCUGCCUGUUGGCUGGUCACCAUACCACCAAGCAUCCCUGCUUUCUAUUGGCAUUUCUAGUGCCAGGCAACUAACCCCCAGUCAGGGGGUGCCUAUCAGACCCACCAGCAUUGUUUCUGAGUUUUCUGGUGUGUCAUCCCUUGGUUCCAGUGAAGCUGUUCAUGGCCUUCCUGAGGGACAGCCACGACCUGGAGGCCCCUUUGCUCCAGAGCAGGAUGCCGUCACAAAGAAGAAAACUUGCCGAAUUGCUGCCAAGCCUUAUGAAGAACAAGUCAGCCCUGUCCUCUUGACUCUCAGCCCUCAGACAGGGACUCUGGCACUGUCUGUUCAGCCUAGCAGUGGGGACAUUGGAGUAAAUCAGGGAUCUGAGGAAUCUGAGAGCCACCUCUGCUCUGAUAGUACUCCUAAGAUGGAAGGCGCCCAGGCUGCCUGUGGCCUGAAGUUGGCAGGAGACGCAAAGCCUAAAAACCAAGUGCUGGCUACCUAUAUGUCCCAUGAGCUGGUCCUGGCCACCUCCCAGAACUUGUGCAAGAUGCCUGAGCUGCCUUUGCUACCUCAUGACAGCCACUCUAAGGAACUCAUUUUAGAUGUGGUUCCAAGCAGUAAGAGGGGUCCCAGCACAGACCUUUCGCAGCUUGGAAGUCAGGUGGAUCUGGGGCGGGUGAAAAUGGAGAAAGUGGAUGGUGAUGUGGUCUUCAAUUUAGCUAACUGUUUCCGGGCUGACAGUCUCCCAGCAGCUCCCCAGAGGGGCCAGGCUGAAGUUCGGGCUAAAGCUGGGCAAGCUCGAGUGAAGCGAGAAAGCGUUGGGGUCUUUACUUGCAAGAACAGUUGGCAGCCAGAUGAAGAGACAGAAUCUCUGCCACCCAAAAAGGUCAAGUGUAGCAAAGAAAAGGAAAUUGAGGAAGAACCACAGCUGCCACCACAGCCACAUGAGAAGCCCAUGGUCCGGAGUUCCCUGGGGUCCAAGUGUUGGAAACUGCCUGGAGACACCCAGGAACCCACCAAGAAAAGCCCCAGAGGGGCUUCAGAUUCAGGAAAAGAGCACAAUGGAGUCAGGGGAAAGCACAAGCACCGGAAGCCAACAAAGCCAGAGUCCCAGCCUCCAGGAAAACGAGCCGAUGGUCAUGAGGAAGGUUCUUUGGAAAAGAAAGCAAAAAGCAGUUUCCGUGACUUCAUCCCUGUGGUUCUGAGCACUCGGACACGCAGUCAGUCUGGAAGCAUCUGUAGCUCCUUCACUGGUAUGGCAGACAGUGACAUGGGAAGCCAGGAGGUCUUCCCUACAGAGGAAGAAGAGGAGGUGGCUCCUACCCCAGCUAAGAGGAGAAAGGUGAGAAAGACCCAGAGGGACACCCAGUACCGCAGCCAUCAUGCCCAGGACAAGACCCUGCUGAGCCAAGGCCGCAGACAUCUGUGGCGAGCCCGAGAGAUGCCCUGGAGGACAGAGGCUGCCCAGCAAAUGUGGGAUACCAAUGAAGAGGAGGAAGAUGAUGAGGAAGAUGGCCUGGUGAAAAGAAAGAAACGGAGACGACAGAAGAACCGAAAAUACCAGACAGGAGAGUACCUGACAGAACAAGAAGAAGAGCAGCGGCGGAAAGGGAAAGCAGAUUCAAAGGCCCAUAAGCAGAAGACUUCCUCCCAAAGUUCAGAACAUUGCCUCCGGAACAGGAAUCUUCUCUUGUCCAGCAAAGCCCAGGGGAUCUCGGACUCACCAAAUGGUUUCCUUCCAAAUAACUUGGAGGAGCCAGCCUGCCUUGAAAAUUCAGAAAAGCCAUCAGGAAAACGAAAGUGCAAAACCAAGCACAUGGCAAAUGUCUCAGAAGAGGCAAAGAACAAAGGUCGUUGGAGCCAGCAGAAGACACGGUCUUCUAAAUCUCCCACUCCAGUGAAGUCCACAGAACCAUGCACACCCUCCAAGUACCGAAGUGCUGGCCCAGAAGAGGCCUCAGAGUCACCCAUGGCCCGGCAGAUUCCCCCAGAGGCACGGAGACUUAUAGUGAAUAAAAACGCUGGGGAGACCCUCCUACAGCGAGCAGCUCGCCUCGGUUAUAAGGACGUCGUUCUCUACUGCCUCCAAAAGCAUAGCGAGGACGUGAAUCAUCGUGACAACGCAGGCUACACAGCCCUGCACGAGGCCUGUUCCCGGGGCUGGACUGAUAUCCUGAACAUCCUGUUGCAACAUGGGGCUAAUGUGAACUGCAGCUCACAGGAUGGCACAAGGCCAGUUCAUGAUGCUGUGGUCAAUGACAACCUGGAAACCAUCUGGCUCUUGCUGUCCUAUGGAGCUGAUCCCACCCUGGCUACCUACUCGGGUCAGACAGCCAUGAAGCUGGCCAGCAGCGAUAGCAUGAAGCGCUUUCUCAGUGAUCACCUCUCAGAUCUUCAGGGCAGAGCAGAGGGCGAUCCUCGUGCAUCCUGGGAUUUUUACAGCAGUUCUGUGUUGGAGAAAAAAGAUGGGUUUACCUGUGACCUUCUCCAUAAUCCUCCUGGGAGUGCCGAGCAAGGAGAUGAUUCAGAACAGGAUGACUUCAUGUUCGAACUCUCAGACAAGCCUCUUCUCCCUUGUUACAACCUCCAAGUGUCAGUGUCCCGUGGACCCUGCAACUGGUUCCUCUUCACCGAUGUCCUGAAGAGGCUGAAGCUGUCCUCAAGAAUCUUUCAGGCCAGGUUCCCGCACCUUGAAAUCACCACCCUGCCCAAGGCUGAGUUCUGCCGGCAGGUGGCCUCAAGUCAGCUGCUCACCCCUGCUGAGAGGCCUGGGAGCAUGGAGGACAGAUCUCCCCCAGGCACUUCUGAGACUGUGGAGCUGGUGCAGUAUGAGCCAGAGCUGCUGCGGCUCCUAGGGUCUGAGGUGGAAUACCAGUCCUGGAACAGUUGACGGAAACAGCCCCUUCCCGUUCUUCUUUCUCCUUCGAGUUCACCCUUCCCCCACUGCCCAUGUCUCCCCCACCGAGCACCAGACUGCAGAAUGAGGCAAUAAUACGGACCAACAAGAAGCCGCCUUAUCAAUGCCAGCAUUAGUGACUGGAACUUUUUUUUGUCUGUUUUGGGUUACAGUUAGUUCUCAUCUUUCUGUUGUGGUUGGUGAUGGGGGUGGAAAGUUGAACUCCACUUCUGAAGACAAGAGGUCUAGAGAUGGUCAGAGGUGGCCACCAGGGUCCCUUUUUGGACUAUGCUUAUGACCAAGACCAAACAUGGGCCUGGUUGGCUGUGGCCUGUCCUAAGGAGAAAUGAGAAAAGCCCAAAUCUCUGAGUGCCCCUCUCUGUCUCCCUGUGCUCUUCUGUCUUCCAUAGUAUUUAUUUUAUUAGUAUUUAAUUUGUAUUGUUUCAUUGGUUUCUGAAAGUCUGUAUCACUGUGAUGAUUUUGAGACAACUUGUUGUAUUGAGGGACUUUACCUCCUUUCCUUUUUCUUUCCGGAUAAGCUUUGGGGAUGUUCCCUCCCUCUUAAGAACAUUAUUCCCAGGUUGUCUUUCUCCACUUGGGGGAGAGAGCAGGGUGAGGAAGGAUGGGGGGGGGAAUCAUCAUAAGACUGAACAUCCUGGCUGCUGCUGGCCCAGAGCUGGGGGGCUGGGGGCAAAUCCCUGGCCUUUGGUGCUCCCCCACCCCCUAUCAGUUUGCCCCACCCCUGCCCUUUGUAGCAGCUCUGCCAUCUUGAGAUUAGUGUUUACUGGGGAGAGGGGCUCCUGAGUUAAUCCAGUAAAGGCAGGUUGAGAAUAGGCCUGCGGUAAGGCUGCCUCCCUCACUGUUCCACUCAGAGUGCACAGUAUGAAGUUGUUCUGGCAGCUUUUGCCCUGCACCCCUCCCCUAUUUGGCUCACCCAACCAACCCUGGGCUCCCCAUCUUGAGAUACUGAGCCUUUCAUCUCCCAGCCUUUGCCUUGCCAUCCCUACAUGGACAUCCAGCACUCUUUACCCCUCUCUCCUCCACCUGCUCCUCAUUUUUGGAGUCUGUAAAGGGCCCUGGGACUAACUAGGCAAGAGGAGGGACCAGUCUCUAGCCUGGUUCCCCACCCACUUGGGGACUUAUAGCUGAGUGAGUGGCUUGUGGGCCUUCAGAUGCCCAGUGUUAGAUCUGUUACAGAAGAGAGGGAGGGAGGAAGAGCAGCUUGGGUUGUUUCCCUGGCCUCUGCCCUCCGUGGCAUUGUCUUUCCCACUCUUCUUAUUUUUCUACCGAUUGCUAUUUUUCCGAACGAUCCUUGUAGAAAGUAUGUACCAUCCAAAGGCAGGAGGGCCUUGCUCUGGUUGGCUCUGGAUGGAGAUGGUACAGUUUUAUUGUACAGGUGCUAAACAACAACAAAAGAAGAAAAUGAAAAAAAAAAGACCAAAAAAAAAAAAAAGGAAAAAAAAAGCCAAUUUGGGGAUGGGACAGUCUGUUUUCUGGAGGCUCCUGACCCAUUCAGGAGCAUUAUUUCUUAGCUGUGUUGUUUUUUUGUUCCCAGGGGAACUUUUGGGCCCCCUUCUAUAGGACAGCCCCAUUAUCCUACCCAAUUGGUUUUGAACAACUGUUUUCUCUUUUUAACAACAAAAUUUAUAUAUAUAUAUGUAUGUAUAUAUGUAUGUAUGUAUGUAUACAUACAUAUAUAUAUAUAAAGUUGAGGGGGUUUGGAUUUCAA